AUGGAGAGAGGAAUAAAGAGAUAUAUCGUAUUUUUUUUUUUUUUGGUAUCAUCAAUAUUGAAAUGUAAAUCAAAAAAGAAAAGUGGUUCAUUAAAUUUUAUUUCAUUAAAAAACCUUUCCAAUGGAAUGAAAAUAAAAAAUAAACAUUUAAAAGAAACUAAUAGAAUACAUAUAGUAGCAGAAGAAAAUUCAGUUAUAUUGAAUGACCAAAAUUAUAUGAAUGAAAUAAAAAAUGUAAAAGUAAAAAGAAAUGUAAGUGAAGCAUUGCAUAUGGCAGUAUAUGAAGAAAUGAAAAAAGACAAAAAUGUUUAUGUGUUAGGAGAAGAUGUAGGUUUAUAUGGAGGUUCAUAUAAGGUAACAAAAAAUUUAGCUCAUUUUUUUGGUUUUGCAAGAGUAUUAGACACACCAAUAUGUGAAAAUGCUUUUAUGGGAUUAGGUAUAGGAUCUGCUAUUAAUGGUUUAAGACCAAUAAUUGAAGGAAUGAAUUUAUCUUUUCUAAUUUUAGCUUUUAAUCAAAUUUCAAAUAAUGCAUGCAUGAUGAGAUAUAUGUGCGAUGGACAAUUUAAUAUUCCCAUAGUUAUAAGAGGACCAGGAGGAGUUGGAAAGCAGUUAGGUCCAGAACAUUCUCAAAGAAUUGAAUCAUAUUUGAUGAGUAUUCCUGGAAUAAAAAUAGUUUCAUGUUCAACUCCUUAUAAUGCUAGAGGAUUAUUAAAAUCGGCUAUUAGGGAUAAUAAUCCUGUUUUAUUUCUAGAACAUGUUUUAUUAUAUAAUUUAGAAGAAGAAAUUCCACUUUUACCAUAUACACUACCUAUUGACAAAGCAGAAGUUGUAAAAAGUGGAACUGAUUUAACAAUAUUAUGUUAUGGUAUUACAAGACAUAUAGCCAUGGAAGCUGCAAAAGAAUUAAAUAAAAUUAACAUUGACGUAGAAAUUAUAGAUUUAAUUUCUUUAAAACCAUUUGAUAUGGAAACUAUUGGUUACUCAUUGAAAAAAACUCAAAAAUGUUUAAUUUUAGAUGAGUCAGCAGGAUUUGGAGGUAUUGGUGCGGAAUUAUACACUCAAAUAGUAGAAAAGUUUUCUCCAUAUUUAAAAAGAGUACCAUCUCGUUUAUGUACAAAAGAUAUACCCAUUGCUUAUUCAGAUAAAUAUGAAGAUGCUUGCAUAAUUAAAAAAGAAGAUGUAGUUUAUAUGUCUACAUAUUUGCAUUCUUCAUAA